GAGGAAUCCAGAGAAAUUGGACACUUGGCGCAACCUCUAAGCUCAUAUGAAAAGAGCAAGGACGCAGCCAACUAACACACACCACAAAACCAAAAUUUCCCAAAUCAGGUAUGCCCCCAAGGAUCAUAAAUAGCAAAAAAUAAACAACUCCAAAGAUUUGACCAACAAGGGCUAGAACAGCCAUGAACUUUAAGGGGUUUGUUAACGACCCAGGUGGCGCCGAUAACGGCAACGGCGGAGGAAGGCCGCCGCCGGGGGGGUUUCCACUGGCGCGGCAGUCGUCGGUGUACUCGCUGACGUUCGACGAGUUCAUGACAAGCAUGGGGGGUUCAGGGAGGGACUUUGGUUCAAUGAACAUGGACGAGUUGCUGAAGAAUAUUUGGAGUGCGGAGGAGGUUCAAUCAAUAGGUGGUGGUGUUGGUGGUGGUGGUGAAGAGGGUGGUGGUGGUGCGGCGGUGGGGCAUUUGCAGAGGCAAGGGUCGUUGACGCUGCCAAGGACUCUCAGCCAUAAGACUGUGGACCAGGUUUGGAAGGACAUUUCCAAGGAUUAUGGUCCGAGCUUGGUGGCGCCGCCGCGACAGCCGACGUUGGGGGAGAUGACGCUGGAGGAGUUCUUGGUGAGAGCUGGUGUUGUUAGAGAAGACGCGAAGAACGAUGCGGUUUUCGCUGAUCUGGCUCGUGCUGGGAACAAUAGUGGUUUGGGAUUUGAGUUUCAGGCUCAGCAGAUGAACAGGAUUGCUGGUUUGAUGGGUGGUAAUAAUAGGAUUCCUGGUGCCAGUGAUGAUCCAAUUGUGUCUCUUCAGAAUUCUACCAAUUUGCCCUUGAAUGCUAAUGGUUUCAGAUCACCAAAUCAGCAACAACAGAUGCAGAAUUCACAUCAGCAGAAUCAUCAGCAGCAGCAGCAUCAUCAGCAACAACAGAUCUUUCCUAAGCAACCUGCUUUGAACUAUGCUACUCAGAUGCCUAAUCAAGGAAUCAGGGGUGGGAUUGUGGGGCUUUCUGCUGAUCAGGGCAUGAAUGGUAAUCUAGCACAAGGUGGAGGGAUUGGUGGUUUGGUUGGUUUGGCACCUGGGCCUGUUCAACUUGCUUCUGGGUCACCAGCUAACCAGAUGACCUCCAGUGAUAUAAUGGGAAAGAGUAAUGGGGACACUUCUUCUGUAUCGCCGGUUCCUUAUGUCUUUAACGGCGGUCUGCGAGGGAGGAAGACUGGAGCUGUGGAGAAGGUAAUUGAGAGGAGGCAGAGAAGAAUGAUAAAGAAUAGAGAGUCAGCUGCUAGAUCCCGGGCUCGCAAGCAGGCUUAUACAAUGGAAUUGGAACAAGAAGUUGCAAAGUUAAAAGAGGAGAACGAAGAACUUCAGAAAAAGCAGGAAGAAAUCAUGGAAAUGCAGAAAAACCAAGUUCAGGAAAUGAUGAAUUUGCAGCGAGAAGUCAAGAGGAAAUGCUUAAGAAGAACACAAACUGGUCCAUGGUAGAUGAAGAAUGAAUUAUGAUUCCACAGUUAAAGUACUUUGUAAAUACAUAUAAAACGUAUUCUGCUGUAGAUUGAGGCUCUUCAUAGAUUUUAGAUUAGCACUUGAAAACAUUCCUGUCUUGUUCCUCUUUAGAAAAGUUUGCAUAGUUAGGGAGGGUGUCACAAUACCAUGAGAAUACGUUUAAACUCAGCAUCUAAUUUCACGCCGUUAUUGAUUGGACAAUCUUUUUGUGCAGCACCACUUGCUAAAUUUGAUUCAAUAAUGGGUGAAGUGUUUGUCCAAUGUAUUUAUUUUCUUUCGUGUAAUUCAUUUAGAGUUUGAACCA